UAAAUGCCUAGAAGAAGAAGAAGUGACGCAGUGAUAUCACGGACCAGGAAGAGCAGGGUAUUUACUACAGGACGAGAAGCUUUACCAACCUAUGUGUUCGUUUCAGACAGCUUCAUAACCAAAGCUUAAGGUCCAAGGCUCCAUCUCAAACAUGUCCUAUGCAGAGAGCCGCUCGGUCCCACGGGAUUUCGGCACCUUGAUACAGACAUGCAGCUCCAACAUCCAGAAGAUCACACAGAACACGGCUCAGAUAAAGACCAUGGUGAACCAGCUGGGGACCAGACAGGACACCAGUGAACUGCAGGAUCGGCUGCAGCAGACACAACACUACACCAACCAACUGGCAAAAGAAACCAACAAACACCUGAAAGAGCUGGGAUCAAUCCCUCUGCCCUCAUCGCCUUCAGAGCAAAGACAACAAAAAAUCCAGAGGGACCGGCUGAUGAAUGAUUUCUCAGCUGCUCUCAAUAACUUCCAAGCAGUCCAGAGGCGCGCGGCCGAGAAGGAGAAGGAGUCGGUGGCCCGAGCGAGAGCUGGGUCUCGCCUGUCGGCUGACGACAGCUCUCGGGAUGAGAAGCUUGUGUCCUUUGAUAACCAAGAUGAGUGGGGUCAGAUGACCACCCAGACGGAGGAAGUGGCCAUCACAGACGAGGACCUGGAACUCAUCAAGGAGAGAGAAACCAACAUCAGACAGCUGGAGUCUGAUAUCAUGGAUGUAAACCAGAUCUUCAAGGACCUGGCUGUGAUGAUUCAUGACCAGGGAGAGAUGAUUGAUAGCAUCGAGGCCAACGUGGAGAAUGCUGAAGUUCACGUAGAACGAGGAACAGAGCAGCUGCAGAGAGCUGCUUACUAUCAGCAAAAGUCCCGGAAGAAGAUCUGCAUCCUGGUUAUGGUCUGCGCCAUCGUGCUCGUCAUACUCUCCAUCAUCAUCUGGUGGGCGUCCAAAUGAGCCGAUGUCAAGCAACCAAUGUAAUCGUUUCAGUCCCCUCCCACCUGCUUGGAAUCAAAAGAAGAGUAAGAAAAGGCUCAUCCCUGCACCAAGAUCAGUGGAGCACGUCUACAAAGGGCUUGUCAAUGUGGAAAUUGUAGUUAUCUGAAAUAAUCAAGCCUUUGUGUUCCUUUAAAAACUGUAAGAGGUGAUUUAGGAGAACGAGGACUGGGUUGGUGCAGGGGAGCAAUUCAAGACUUGAGAUUCCUAAAUUAGCGUCACUGAUACAUUUCUUCUUAUUAACUGCACUAACACUAGCUCUCACUGUUUUGCAAAUGUAAAAAAUAUUGUUGGAAAUUAUUUUAAAGACAUGCACACAAGCUCGUCUGGGUAACUGAAGAUAUUUAGGGUUUUUGUUGUUGUCCAUAAACAUGUUGUGGCCCUUUCUGAUGUCUAGUGUAUGGAGAACUGUAUCCUGCUGUGGUUCCUUGUCUUCACAGGCACAACAUACUGGUAAUGCCAGCGAUGGUUAAAUCGUACAUGUUGUAAAAGCAAAGUUGAAAAUAUUAGAAGUUGAAUUCAACUCUGCAAAUAGUUAAAACAUUAAGAAUCGUAAAUAAUCACUCCUUCAGAUCAAGUGUUUUAAGUUGAUUUCUAUGAACCCUGACAGUAUGAUAAUAAAUGUCUUAAAC